UCGCAGCGUGGUUACAUCACAGCGCGUCAUCUCCAGGGCAGCGGAUAAUGGCGGAGGCUUCACCGGAUUCCGGGCGCUUCUUCUGUCACAGCUGUUCGGCCGAGAUCAGUCCCCGACUCCCGGAAUAUACUUGCCCCCGGUGUGAGUCAGGAUUUAUUGAGGAACUUCCAGAAACAAGUAGAGGUACAGAGAACAGCAGCUCCUCAGGGACAGAACAAAACAGACAUCCUUUUGAAAACUUGGAGCCCACCCAGUUCAUGUUGCCUUCUGGAUAUGGACAGGUAACGGUCGGUAUUUUUAAUGAAGGCCUUGAUUUCCCAAUUUUUGGUUCGGGCGUACCCACAGAGGAGACUCGCGAUGGGGAGAAUCGGAGGGAGCAGCAAUCACGACAGAGAUAUGGUGCUCGGCAACCUCGUGCCAGGCUAAGCACAAGACGAACUGCAGGGAGGCACGAAGGUGUCCCUACACUAGAGGGGAUCAUUCAGCAGUUAGUGAAUGGGAUUAUCGCACCCACAGCCAUGCCAAACCUGGGAAUAGGGCCUUGGGGUGUUCUUCAUUCCAGUCCCAUGGAUUACGCCUGGGGAGCCAAUGGCCUAGAUACAAUAAUCACACAGUUACUUAACCAGUUUGAAAACACUGGACCACCUCCUGCAGACAAUGAGAAGAUCCAGGCACUCCCUACCAUCCAGAUCACAGAAGAGCAUGUGGCUACCGGGUUGGAGUGCCCUGUAUGUAAAGAAGACUACACAUCUGGUGAAAAUGUGCGACAACUUCCAUGCAAUCACUUAUUUCACAACGACUGCAUUAUCCCUUGGUUAGAACAGCACGAUACAUGUCCAGUGUGCCGGAAGAGUCUGAGUGGUCAGAACACAGCAACAAACCCCCCAGGACUCACAGACAUGAAUUUCUCUUCCUCUUCUUCCUCCUCAUCCUCCUCCUCCUCAAUUGACGAAAAUAACACCAACUCAAACAAUUCUUGAGCCCUGUGGUUAGAUGUGGAGAAUUAUGAGCCUCCCCUUCUGUGUUUCCAUUCCCACACCGAUUACGCAAUCUACUCUAGCUACUGGAGGAUACGGAAUGCCUUGACAUGGAAUCAGCUGGGAAACAAAUUUAACUUUUUUUUUUUUUUUUUUUUUUUUUUUUGAGAGUGGAAUACUUUAGUUGAAAAGAGAGACUGAACAAAAGAAUAAUUAUAAUGGGGGAAGGAUUAUCCCCCUUUUUAAAACGAGUGAGGUGACUCCUUUAUCAUUUUAUUUAAUAAAUGCUAUGAAGUUUUUAAUCUUUAAAUUAAAAUUGUAUGAUUUUG